UCGGGAUUUCUCGGUUAUCACCUUGACAGCGUCUACUGAAGUCAAAUGCUAGGUUAAGGUGACCCUUAAGGGAGGCUUGAGGAAAUGGUGGUAAGACCUAAAAAUGCAUUACACGUCCAGUUCGCCAAGUUUUUCAGAAGAGAAGAGCGGGAAAACGCCACGAUUCCCCGUUACGCCGAUGAAUACGCGAGUCUCCCAGCCCCACCCCUGCAGCCGUGAUGCAAAGAGGACAAAUCACGAACGUAGGAAAAGGGGCCAAAAAAAAAAAAAAAAAGAAAAGAAAACCCCAGAGGGAGAGGGGAGGGAGGUAGUGAGAGGAGUCAGCGGGCAGUCUCCAACCACUAGGGCGAGAAGGAGCGCGGUCUGGGGAAACAAACUCCGCAUAAAUAAUUUGAGUUCGGAGUCCAGUGCUUUCAGAGACUCGGAGCGCACCUCCCCAGCUUCGCCCGAAUCGAGAAAAGGCAGAGCAGGGGAAGGGGCCAGAGACGCGACGGAGAUCAGCCGAGGUGAUAGGUGGGACGUUGCGCCGGGAAACACCCGCGGGAGGAAGAGCAGAGCCGGGCUCGCCGGGAGCGCGGGAAGAAGGGAGCGGAGGCGGGAAGGGAGCGGGCCACGGUGGGAGGCCCAGGAAGCGCUGCAUGGACAGCAUGCGUUUCUCCGGGAGCCCCGGCGCGGGGCCCGCUGGCAACUCCAGCCUGUGGUGGCCUCUGGCCACCAGCGGUGCCAACGCCAGCCGGGAAACGGAGGCGCUCGGAAAAGACGGCGAUCCGCAGCGGGACGAGCGCAACGAGGAGGUGGCCAAGCUGGAGAUCGCUGUGCUAGCCGUGAUUUUCGUGGUGGCCGUGCUGGGUAACAGCAGUGUAUUGCUGGCGCUGCACCGCACGCCUUCCAAAAAGUCCCGCAUGCACCUCUUCAUCCGCCACCUCAGCCUGGCAGACCUGGCCGUCGCUUUCUUCCAGGUGCUGCCUCAGCUGUGCUGGGACAUCACCUACCGUUUCCGUGGACCCGACGGGCUGUGCCGCGUGGUGAAGCACCUGCAGGUGUUCGCCAUGUUCGCCUCGGCUUACAUGCUCGUGGUCAUGACCGCCGACCGCUACAUCGCUGUGUGCCACCCGCUGAAGACGCUGCAGCAGCCCGCGCGCCGCUCGCGCCUCAUGAUCGCCGCCGCCUGGGUGCUGAGCUUCGUGCUGAGCACGCCGCAGUACUUCGUCUUCUCCGUGGUCGAGGUGAACAACGUCACCAAGGCCUACGACUGCUGGGCCAACUUCAUCCAGCCCUGGGGGCUCCCCGCCUACGUGACCUGGAUGACUGGCGGCAUCUUCGUGGCGCCCGUGGUCAUCCUUGGUACUUGCUACGGCUUCAUCUGCUACCACAUCUGGCGCAACGUCCGCGGAAAGACAACAGCGCGCCAGGAGAAGGGUAACCGCGCCAAGGGCGCGGAUGGCACCUUCCACAAGGGGCUCCUGCUCGAGCCGUGUGUCAGCAGUGUGAAGAUCAUUUCCCGCGCCAAGAUCCGCACGGUGAAGAUGACCUUCGUCAUCGUGACGGCUUACAUCGUUUGCUGGGCGCCCUUUUUUAUCAUCCAGAUGUGGUCUGUCUGGGAUAAGAAUUUGCCCUGGGUCGAGUCUGAAAACCCAGCCACCACCAUCACUGCAUUGCUGGCCUCCUUGAAUAGUUGCUGCAAUCCCUGGAUAUACAUGUUUUUUAGUGGCCAUCUCCUGCAAGACUGUGUCCAGAGCUUCCCAUGCUGCCAAAACAUGAAGCAAACGUCCAACAAAGAAGAUUCUGACAGUAUGAGCCGAAGACAGACUUCUUUCACUAAUAACAGAAGCCCAACAAACAGUAUGGGCACAUGGAAAGACUCGCCUAAAUCUUCCAAGUCCAUCAAAUUCAUUCCUGUUUCAACCUGACUCUUGUUAAUGGACUUUUUGACCUGUUGGCUGAAUCCAGCGAUAAACUAUUAGAACAAAUGAACUUACAUGAGAUAAGCAUAAAUCAAUUUCUUGAGUACAAGAUUGUGUUUCUAGUUGCAUUUUCAACAUUGCUACAACACAGAGCUAUGAAUUGUUUUAUUUGGAAUGUUAAUUUAAAAAAAAAUGCUACACUAAAAUUUGCAGGCCUAGUUCCCAGAAAUAACAGAAGUUGUAUUUCUGAAGGAAAAAUCAUAACCACCCUGGCUGUAUAUUUUGCUGUAGGUUUCUUUUCUUUUUAUUUCUGAUAUAACUAAGGCUUGAUUGAUUCAGAAGUCAUACAGUGUAGGGGCAUUAUUGCUGAAAAAAAAAAAUGAGCUCGUUAUCAGCCUUAGUGUUUGAAAGGAAUCAGAAGAGAUUUUGGAGAAAUUAUGUUUCCAGCCAAUAAAAUCAAUUUAUGUAUCAGAAAAUGUAGCCUCAAACUGUGGCCUGGGGAUGGGCAUGGUGCCUUGGAGAGGCAUGUGUACUUGAGGCAUACUGAGCAGGGGGUGCCCCUUCCAGAGGGGAAAGAGGCAAGUUCUGUUAGAAGAUAUAAAUCACCUAAAUUUAAAAUCAGUAACAUUAGAACUGGCAGUUCCUUCUUUUGGUUCCUCAUAUUUUGUUGGUUGUAAAGAGCAGGAUAACCAAGAUGCUGAAGGUUAGAGACAAAACUGGCCGAUGAUAUCUUUUUUUUUGUCCCACAGCAAGGUCGCUUUAAAGCCAGAUUUGUAUGAGGAAUGCUCAGUUUUAUUAGAAGGGUAGAUUGCCCAAGGUACUAUGUAGACUUUCUCGAGAAGACUGUAAACAUAUUUUGAUCAGUGUUAUAGGGUAUCCUUACGUAACACGUGCUAUGCUGGAAUAUUAACACCAUCAGUGCUUCACAUUUGGGGGGUCCAGAUUCAUAGAUAAUAUAAGAGUCUCCUGAAGAAUGACUCAGGACAUUGAGUGUCCCCUCCUUAUGUUUAAGUAAUAACUUGGUCUUCCCUUCUGAUCUCCUACCCAUCUAACAGUUUCAUAGUAGAGGAGAAGCAGGGUUGGGGGCAGGAUGAGGUGGGGAGAUAAAAAGGCAGCAGCUCUGCCUUUAGUCUGGCUUCCUUCAUGAUUAAAUGUAUGACUUUAGGCAGAUGACUUAAAAAUGCACAAAGCCUCCACGUCCUUGUCUGUACAAUGGAGCUGACAACAUUUACCUCACAGGGUUGUUGUGAGAACUAAUGUGUGAAAAGAUCUUCAUAAACUGUCAAGUGCUAUACGAAUGCUAAAUGUUGAUAUUCUUCGGUCGGGGUUGGGGUUGGGGGACAGGGGUCUUCAAAAUUGCCCAGCUUUUUCCUGUUUACUUUUCAUCAACCGGAAUUUCUUGGUUUCAUGUCUGGGAUAUAAAAAUCCUAAAAUGUAAAUAUAGCUCUGCUGAUUCAUUGGAAAGCAUUGCCAGUGGCCAACUAAAGUCUAAGUCCUGUCUAAUCAAAGUUUUCCAAUUUAAAGAGAGAACCUGCUUUCCUUUGAAAUCAGGUAAAUCAAAGCCAGCCAAGAGCAUCAAUUUCUUUUAUUUCUAAACAGUGAUGAAUUACAAAAUUACUUCGCUGUUGUUACUGCAUUUUUUAGCUAUUUUGUCUGGCUCCUUCACCUUCUUGGAGACCAUGCAAUGACUUGAGAAUUACAUCAUAAAUACUUUGCAUCCCUUAGAGGAAGUAAUAGUUCUUUUAAUAGAAUUUUUCUUUUUUUAACUUUGUAGAUAAGAAACUGAGGGCUGAAUGGCACUGUGAGAACUUGGAACCAUCAACCUCACUCCUCUUCAUUCUCCUAUCUUUCCAAAUUCUCAGGCCUUUUACUCCCUAGAUUGAUAAGCCUAAAAACAUGUUUGCAGAUGUCUUACAGAGACUGAGCACUCAGGUUUUAGAAUUCUGCUUUUUAAAAGUAACAAAAAUAUCUUUUAAAGGGCACUGUUCAGUAUGAGCCAUCAAUUAAGUUAAUCAAUUCUUCAUUACUUGAGUCAAAGCAGCAUCUCAGUAUCCUUGCCCUCUGUUAACAUUGUCAGCCCUUUUGACAACUUCUCUCUGACUACUCAAAGCAAAAGUUUUUUGGGUUGGAACAAAGAUGAGUCCACUUUUUUUGUAAAUCCAAUUCCAAACCUCAGGGUUCUUGUAUAGAUUGUUUCAAAGUGCUGAUGUGUAUUGCCAAGCAAAUAAAUCCAGUUUGAAUCAUUUCUAGGAACAUCUUUCAAAUAAGGUACAUAUUAACCUACCCAGCUGCUUUUUCUCUUUUUAAAUACAACAGGAGAUGAGAUAGCAGCAAAGGGGCUAGAGAGACACCAGAAGAUCUGAGUCUAGUUCUGCACUAGGCAACUAUAUGGUCUUGUUCUCUGUGGUUUCAGCUGAGAAGCUUAACUUACCUAGCUGCUAAACAUUCUUAAUGUUAUAUACCCAGAAAUGUCGUUCUAUGUCCCAAAACAAUAUUCCAAAUUGGAAAAGUCCUGCUUGUCUAUGCUGGGAAGGGAUUUCUCUUUCUUGAGCAAAGAGAAGACCGGAGACAUUAUAACAAACAAAGGCUUGCAAACAAGGAUAAAUGUGUUGCCUCACCUUAUUUUAUUUUUCAGAGUUACCUGUGGGAAAAUGCUCCAAGUACACAAUAUUAAUGUAUCUAUGUGAGUAUAGCGAAUGUAAUUAAUAAAAAAUCCACUGGUAAGAAGAAACUGAUGGUACAUCUAUUGAGCAUUUGAUAAAUAUUAAUUGAUGAUGAAAAAACAUUUUAAAGUACAUACUAAAUGCAUAAUGGGUUAAUUUUUGGACAUGUAUCUUUAAAGUAUAAAAAUAUCUUUGAAGGAAAUUAGUGAAAUUCUUUGGCUAAUUAUAUAUUUGUCCUACAUACAAACUUUCCAUCAUCGUCAAAGAAGUCUCAUGCCAUGACUGAGAAAAGGGUGUGGUUUUUAAAGAGAAAAAAAUCAAGUACUCUUAAUAACAUGCAGUAUGCUCCCAAACUUAUUACAGUUAUUAGAAUGGACAAUUAUUGAUGGCUAAAAAACACAACUUUCAUUCUAUUAUUACACAAGUAAAGUACUCUGAUUAAGUUAACAUUUUAUGUUUUUCCGACACUAAAACCUAUUUUUUCUGGUGUAAUUGGCACUCAAAGCUUUAAAUUAUAGCUUUAGAGUUUGACUCUACAACUGAAGUAUAACUAGAAGCCAUCUAGGGAGAAACUGAGCCUAAUCGUUAACCCCAAGUAUCAGAGAAUAGGCUCCUUUAAACCCACGUAAAUUGGGCCCUAAUGGAUUUUCAUACCGGAGGCAAUCACUCUGUUCAGAGUAAGCCCAGGGCAGGGCCGUCUGGGAUGCUAGUCCUGAAGGUGUAGAAGCAGCCACUGUAUCCCUGCCCUCUCCCUCCCUAUGGCCUUUUUAGUACUACUCAGGGUCAUCGGCAACACUUAACAUCAUGACUGGCAAGUGGAGAGUAAAUAUUAGAGAAUGCUUCCUGAUUACAAUCUGACCUCUGCCAAUUAGAGCAAAAAUUAAAGAGGUAUUCAUAAAAAGUUAUUUCCUUUAAAUCCCUAAGAGAGCCUUAAGUGGACUGAAUCACACAAAUUGUGUGAUUUCAUUGCACAUAUAGAAUAAUAUUGUUUUAACUCAAUUUUUAGGUACAUUAAAGUAUCAUAAAUGAAAAUGUAUAUGUGACCUAUAGUAUGUUAGCAUCAAAAUAUACAUUAUGGGUGAUAAUUAAAUGCCAUUAUUUUUUCUUUUUAUUAUUUAUAUAUAUAAAAUACAUAUAUCACAUCUUUUUAUAUUGAUUUAUAUUUGAAAAUUUUAAAAUGUUAAAGAGUGAAUUAAAUAAUUUAUGUUCCAAGAUCAAGUCAGCAAAUUCAGAAAGGGAAAUCUGAGAAUAAAUCUAAUAGUAAUAUCACAAUAAUUGACAGUAUUAAUAUAAAAUAACUGGCAUUUCCACCCAUGAAAGUAGUUGUCUUUAUAUCACAGGAUUUCUGACUUAAUAUAUUCUAUUAUACUUUAGCUCAUUAUUGUAACAAAUUUAUUAAGAAUUAAUGUUGUACAUUUAGUAUUCCAUUUUUGGAACUAUUUUUCAAAUGUUACAGUAUCACAUAUCUUAUCAUGCUAUUAGAAGAACUUCAGUGUGUUUUCUUCGGGUAACUGUAUGAUCAUGGUUUUGAUGGGUGUUGAAAUCUUUUGUGAUUGUAUCUAAUAUUCGGUCCUUUAGAGAAAAAAAUGGUUUGUGAUAUUAUACUGAAAUAACUAUUGUAUUUAUUAUUCACUUUUAUUGUGUAUUAGCUUGAUCUAUAAAUAAAAAUAAGUAUCAAAUUUG